AAAUCCCCUAAUGGCUGGAGGUGUUUUAGCUAAGAGCUGCUUCUUCACCAUCCUUCUUGGACUCCACACUGUUUGCUCUUCAGAUUUUUCCCUCUUGGUUGCAAGAAUGUGUGUGCCCUAGUAAGGAAGGAGAAGAAAGGUACCAUUUGUAAGAUUGCUAGCAUAAGCGGCUCAUCAUUAGCCAUAGUUGAGAGUCUCUGAGAGUUUAAAGUGCAGAUUAACACUGAAAAUUAACUAAUGUUGCAUAGAUUAUUCCCCUUUUGGAUCCAGGAAUAUAUGUGGACAGUUUGGAAGGAGAAGAAAGGUGCCAUUUUUAAGAUUGAUUGCAUAAGCUGCUCAUUAGCCAUAGCUGACUGUGUGUGAGAAUUUCAUGUGUAGAUGAACACUGAAAAACAACUGUCAUCGAACAGAUUCUUAUUCUUUAUGGGCCCAAGAAUAUAUGUGUGUGGACUGGUUAGAAAGGGGAAGAAAGGCAUCAUUUGUAAGGAACCUUGGUGGGGUUCUCCUAUGAUGCAAGGGAAGAGAGCACUGCCCCUUGGUCGACCAAAGGGGCACUGUUUAAGAUACUUGUGGCAAACAAGGGAGACUACAUCUCCAUGCAUCUUUGUGUAAACCAAUUCGAAGCGAAGAAACUACUCAAAUUGAAAGUCACAGCAAGCUCAUGGCUUAAAACUCAUAUCUUAGGGGCUCUCCCAAAGCUGAACAUCGAUAGCAUUAUGGUAAGCAUCAGUGGACACCAUUCACUCCUUUCCACCUUGGCCUCAAUCAAUGCUUCUCGCAAGACCUUUGGUGUUGAGAGUAGUAUGAGGAUCUCAGUCAUGUUCUCCCUCUCAAACCUCAAGACCUUGCACAGGACACAUCCUAAGACCCUUCACAGGCUGAUGCAUAUUUUGAAGAAUUUGGAGUCUCCUAUAGUAGUAGAAGCUCUUGUAGAUGGAGAGCAGAGCUCAGGAGAGGACUUUGUUCAAUCGACUAUCGAGAGGGCUUUCUCUGUGUGCACCGAUUUGGCUUCCCUUGAUGUCCCUAUCAUUCUAAUUGUGAGAAGCUCUGUAACCCCUAGUGAAGUUGAAAUAGGUAAAUUUUUUGAUACAGUGAUGAAGAUCUUCAAGAAUGAUUCUGUGCGAAGAAGGAUUGUCGGACUAUUCAUUUGCAUAUCGCAUCUUAGGCAACAUGGACAGAAGACAUUAGAUUGGCAAGAGCAACUGUUCCCUCCCUUGCAUAGAGAACUCCUGAACCAUGGCCGAGAACUUGUCACUGCACCCAAAGUGACACUCCAUGAUACCUUAAAUCCCAUAACAAAUCCUUUCACAUCACCGAUUACAAUCCCUUCCACAAACCCAACACCUGCAGUAGUCACUGUACCUUCCACCAAUCCGAUCACAGUUUUCCCCACAAAUCCAACCAUGUCACCGGUCACCAUUCCACCUAUGAAUCCAGUAAGCACACCAAUCACAGUCCCUGCAACAAAUCCUUUCCUAACUCCAGCAACGACACCGGUAGUGCCUGUGACAAAUCCUACUACAACACCAGUAACAUACCCCAUGAACCCUCCUAUGACCAACCCUGUAAGUACCUAUCCAUUUACACCACCGGUGAGUACACCUUCUAUAACACCACCAGUCACUGUGCCAAGCACAGUCCCCAUCACACCAGCAGUUACAGGGCAGACAUGGUGUGUGGCCAAGACCGGAACCACGGAUGCCGCACUCCAGCUUGCACUGGAUUAUGCUUGUGGAAUUGGAGGUGCGGACUGCACAGCAAUUCAGUCAACAGGAAGCUGCUUCAAUCCAGAUAGCCUUCAGGCUCAUGCUUCAUAUGCCUUUAACAGCUACUAUCAGAAGAAUCCUGUGGGAACAAGCUGUGAUUUUGGAGGAGCAGCCAUGCUGGUCACUGUUAAUCCAAGCUCAGCAACUUGCAUUUAUCCAUCAUCAUCAUCAUCAUCAUCGUCGUCAUCAAGUUCUAUUCCUAGUUACAAUCCUGCAUCCAGCAGCUCAGGUUCAACCCCAGGUUCAGGUUCAGGUUCAUCUGUGCUGAAUGCGAACAACCCCGCCGGCUCCAAUUCUGUAUUUGGUUCAAACAACCCAACAGGCACUGUCAGCAAUGCACUCUGUCUAACUGUUACUUGGACCUUCUUACUGGUUUUGCUUACGGUAACCUGUAUCAGUCACACCAUCGUGUAGAUUUCUAGUUUCAGCCCUUCAGUAGCUGCUGUAUGCAUAUGUCUGAUCGACGCGUAGAGAUCAGUUAGGAAGUUCAUUGUGGAUAGGAACUGAGUAGUUCAUUAUGACUAAAAAAUAGUACUUGUUGAUUUGUUUGGAUUC